AUGGUUGGCUUGCCCGCGCGGGGCAAAAGUCUUAUUGCUGGAAAAGCUCUGCGAUACCUCGCCUGGGUCGGAAUUACAGCGCGCAUAUUCAACGUAGGGACGUACCGUCGAAAGGUGUCGCCUCACCCCCUAGCAAACUUCUUUGAUCCACACAAUCCGGAAGGCGAAAAGAUGCGAUGGGCUGCUGCCGAGGCUGCUGUAUCAGAUAUGUUGAAAUGGUUCAAGGAAUCUGGCGGCGUUGUUGGAAUCUUCGAUGCCACAAACUCGACGAAAGCGAGGCGGGCCUGGAUUCACAAGACCUGUGCCGAAGCCGGUAUCGAGACACUCUUCGUAGAAUCAUCCUGCGACGACGAAGAUAUUAUAAUGAACAAUAUACUCGAGGUUAAGACGACAUCGCCCGAUUAUAAAGGACAAGAUCCGGAGGUGGCAGCCCAAGACUUUCGUAAUCGCAUCCGCAACUAUGAGAAAGUUUACGAAACGAUAGAUGAUGAUGAGAAGUCAUACACCUAUGUUAAGUUGAUAAACGUGGGGUCUACCGUCAUUAUAAAUCAGAUCAAAGACUACCUAUCAAGUAGACUGGUUUAUUACAUUCAAAAUCUCCAUAUUAAACCUCGGUCUAUCUGGUUAUCUCGGCACGGAGAGUCAGAAUACAAUCUGACGGGGAAGAUUGGUGGCGAUUCUGACAUCUCUACUCGUGGAGAAGCCUAUGCUCGUGCGCUCCCUGGCUUACUAAAACAGUCCGGUGUUCCUCCCGGCACAAAACUCACCAUCUGGACGUCAACCUUGAAGCGUACAAUACAGACGUCACGACAUCUCGCUGCAGAGACAGGAUAUGAUAAGCUCGAAUGGAAAGCGCUUGAUGAGCUCGACUCAGGCGUCUGUGAUGGAUUGACGUACGAAGAAAUUGCUGAGAGAUACCCAGAGGACUUUGCCGCACGAGACGAAGACAAAUAUAACUACCGGUACCGAGGCGGAGAGUCAUAUCGUGAUGUCGUCAUUCGACUAGAACCUAUUAUCAUGGAGCUGGAACGCAGUGAAAAUAUUAUGAUUGUCACCCACCAGGCGGUAUUGCGAUGCAUUUACGCCUAUUUCCAUAAUAUGUCCCAAGAACAGAGCCCAUGGAUGGAAGUUCCGCUGCACACUUUGAUAAAAUUGACCCCUAGGGCGUUUGGUACGGAGGAGAAACGUUUCAAGGCCAAUAUUCCAGCUGUAUCCACGUGGCGAGGCAAGGGAACCUCAGCCAAGCACCAAGAGCCAACUGAAGGGACACAGUCGGGGCACUGA